UGUUGCGGUGCCCCAGUAUCUGUCCCCCUUUCAUUUCUAUAAGUGUUCCACUUGCCUUUCCGCGCUUAAUCUGCAGUUUCUGAGGCCGCAAAUUGUCACAUCAGUAUUCCAUGCCUCAGGCUCCUGGCUCUGGGUAUUGCGCGACGCGCGUAUUGGCACAAUAUCGUUCAAGCAGGCUUAAACGUUGGAAUUUCUUUGUCCCAUUGGGUAACCGAGGAACUCUAUCAAAGCAUCCCACUGAUUGGAUCAAACUGUUUCAUCACUGUCUGCAAUAAUUCUAUUGUCGCGCCCUCGGCUGUGAGACUCCCUGAAUCGACUCGCUCUGGCUAAAUCGCAUUGGCGAAAGCCUACCCAUGACCCCGAUCAUCGAGCACCAAAAAUUUCUCAUCUCUCAUACUUAGUCCUUGGGCAUUUUGAUCUCCCUAAAGAUAUAAAGGCACGGUGCCUCUCUUUGUGCCCGUCCACUUGUCCCCCCUUCUCGUGAUGGGUUCACCAGAUGUAAGCCUCGAUUCCAUAGAGACGGCACUCCAGCACAUGAGGCUUGUUGGGUAUAUGGACGUGUCCAGCGUCGUGUUGCUCUUAUAUGACUACGCUCUCACGCUUUCGCUGGAAGUCGACCUGGUGUGGCGUGCACCGUGGAGUCUUCUGAAGCUAUUUUACAUCGUGCAACGGUAUCUGCCCUUCUUCGAUACAGCCAUCCUCGUACUCCACCAUCAAUUCGCUCCUGAACUGAGUAUACGCUAUUGUCAAAUCAGUCAUAGCAUGAGCGGAUGGAUGUUCGUAACCGGAAUUGCUAUCUCAGAAGUGAUCCUCACCGCUCGUGUCUGGGCAGUCUGGGAAUGCAACAAAAAGCUGACGUUCUGCCUUCCUGUGUUUUUUCUUUUAUGCUGGGCCCCAAAUUUUGCCAUGAUGGGUGUAUUUCUCAAGUCGAUGAAGUUCGGCCCGGCACCUCUCCCAAGCCUAGGUUGUUUUGUGACUGCGAGUGACGACGUAUUAUAUUUGUGUUGGACUUGCCUGAUGAUCUAUGAUGCUGGAAUGCUACUUUUGAUGCUUAUCGCGGGCGUGAGAGCAUAUAAGACAGGAGGGGACUCCGCGCUGUUUAAUGUGGUAUUCCGAGAUGGUGUGAUGUAUUACGCCUAUCUGUUCGGUGCGUUUUGCGCUUCGUCAACGGUAAGCGAUUAAUGGCCCCACAGUUAUAUCUGUUAUCAAUGUCGCAAUGAUUCUGAAUUUACCGCGUGACCUUGUUCAUCUUCUAUCGUCGUAUGUGGUUCGCGUCCUUCACAUCGACAAUGUUCUAAUCACCGUAGUGCCGAGCGUGUAAUUCAUUCGCUCCUUACAAGCCGAGUCGUAUUAGACAUUCGAGCACAAGGAAAACAGACAGAGAUGGAUCAGACGAUGUGCCUGAGGACACGAUACUCCGACGAUUGCACGAGCGUAGGGGUGUGGGUGACACAAACGGCGGAGGUAUACCACGACAGCGUUAAAUAUGGGAAUGAUGACGCACAAAUCGGAAUGGGGUCCUAAUGAUGAUUCCU